AUGGCACUCUGCUCACACACCCUCCCCCUCGACCCCGACGGCGCCACACUCUACUAUGAGAUCCAAGGCUCGGGGCCACUCCUUAUCCUCGUCCCUGGCGGCCACGGGACAUCGAUGCUCUUCACCAGCCUAGCAACCACCCUCUCCACGCAUUUCCGUGUCGUCACAUACGACCGGCGCGGGUUUCGUCGCAGCUCGUCGCUGAUUGUCCCUCCAGUUGGACAGGCGAUUACCGCACACGCGGACGAUCUCGCCGCGCUCAUCACGCAUCUCACUCACGGGGAGGGCGCGAUUAUCUUUGGAUCUUCCUGGGCUGCUAUUAUCACUAUCAGCCUGGUAUCCAGGUACCCAGAGCUCGUAAUCAAGGCGAUCCUGCACGAGCCCACGCUCGUCGCGCUCUUCCCAUCACAGAGGGCUACGCAGCUCCGCGCGACAGUCGCGGAAAUCCUGCACGUAUAUCACAACAAGGGCACGGCGGCCGCGAACCGUCUUAUGAUGCCCCUGAUCGGCAGUCCGGCUGACAGAGAAGCCUUUGGCAGAACAGCACUAUACAGAGAGCUGGCAACGCUCAAAACGGAUUUCUUCGCGCUAUACUUUGAGCGUGAGUUUGGGGAGUGGGCGUCGUUUGCUCCGGAUAUUGAGGCGCUGGGGAGGGAGAGCGGGAAGCUUAUCCUUGUUGUGGGCGAGGAUGAGGGUGCCCCGGAAUUUCCGAGUUAUACUAUGGUGGAGCUGUCGAGGCGGUUGAGGGUAUCGCUUGCGAGGUUUCCGGGCGGGCAUAUGGGGUAUGUCUAUAAGGAAAAAGAGUUUGCAGAGGCACUUGUUAGGGCUAUACACAGGGAUGAGCGGGCGAGGUUAUAG